AACCCCUACCACUAGUUCACCUCCACUGCGAGGAAAGGUAUUGGCUUGUUGUUCAACUCCACAGCAGAAGUUUCUGCUCUCUCUGAGGAGCUGGACAUGUCCGUUGUGAGGGGAACUAAAGCAAAGAUGGCGAGCCAGAAAGAGGAGUGUGAAGGGAAGGAAGAUCGGGUUCAUCUGAGACGCAGCAUUAGUCUGGUGCCUGCAGUCUCCUUCAUCAUGGGCACCAUGAUUGGCAGCGGGAUCUUCAUCGCUCCCAAAGGAGUGCACAUCAAUACAGGCAGUGUGGGACUCUCCCUAGUGGUCUGGGCGCUCUGUGGACUCCUCUCCACGUUUGGUGCCUUGUGCUAUGCUGAGUUGGGGACCAGUUUCAAAAAGUCUGGUGGCCAUUACACAUAUUUACUUGAGACCCUUGGGCCACUUCCUGCUUUCCUGAUGCUUUGGUCUGAGUUCAUUUUCAUCAGACCUGCAGUGACUGGGUAUAUUGCACUGGCUUUUGGACACUAUGUCAUAGAACCUUUUUUCACGCCAUGCCAAGCUCCUCUACUAUUAAUCAAAGUGGCCAGUUUUCUUGGAAUGACACUUUUGGUGGCAGUGAACUGCUGGAGUGUAUCACUGUCCUCUCGUACACAGGUCAUCCUCUUGAUCGUUAAGCUCCUUAGUCUGGUUCUGAUCAUUGUCCCAGGAAUUGUGGCUCUGGCCAAAGGCCAAACCGAAAACUUCCAGAAUGGUUUUAACUUCGAGGCGCUCACACUGACAAAGCUGCCUUUAGCCUUCUACGCGGGACUUUAUGCCUAUUCUGGAUGGUUUUCAUUAAACUUUGUGACAGAGGAGGUUAUCAAUCCAAAAAGAAACAUUCCAUUGGCCAUCAUUUUGUCCAUGAUCACAGUUACUACAUUAUACGUGCUGGUGAAUGUAGCGUAUUAUACUAUGAUGACCGAAAACGAGCUGCUGAUAUCCGAUGCAGUAGCAGUGACUUUCGCCAGCAAAGCUCUGCCCAGGAUGGCAUCACUGGUGCCCAUACUGGUGGCCAUGUCCUGUCUUGGGACCAUGAACGCAGGGAUCUUUUCAGUACCGAGAAUGUUAUUUGUGGCUGCCAGAGAGGGGCAAUGGCCAACCCUGUUCUCCAUGAUACACAUACGAAGAAAGACACCAAUGCCUGCUGUACUAUUGCUGUGCCCUCUAGUGGUUAUCAUGUUGGCAAGAGGGGACAUUUAUCAACUGAUCAACUUUGCUUCUUUCUCGCGCUGGUUCUUCAUCGCCCUGGUUACACUGGGGCUUCUCGUCCAUCGCUAUCGAUUCCCAGACCAUCCACGAACAUUUAAGGUUCCUCUGGCUGUUCCAGUGAUCUUCACGAUGGUGUGUUUCUUUAUCGUGGGUCUGUCUCUGUAUUCAGACCCCUGGAACACAGGUUGCAGUUUUGCUGUUAUUUUCACUGGAAUCCCAGUGUACUACCUGACCAUAAAGCACUCGUAUAUACCGAACCGUUGGAGAAAAGCCAUCAAUUACUACACUAACCAACUUCAGAUCUUGUUGGAGGUGGUACAGCAAGAAAUUCAGACCUACUGAAGGAGCACAAACAUUACACUGAGGGGCGGGCGGUAAACAUAGAAACCCUAAAAUUAUCAACAAACCAUCCAACAACCUCUCAACUGACUGCCAUGAACAAGUUUAAGAGGUUUAGUCUCAAAGACAUGGAAAUUUGAUAUUUGAAAUGGAAAUAUUGUUGAAUACUACCUGUUUUUAGUAGGUUAUAGCAUCUUCUCAAACGUUGUACAACUAACCCAGACUGUGGUAGCCAUUAAAUAUUUAACUUUC